CAUCUCGCUACGUCGAACGGCGCCGGACUCCUUUGUGCGCGGGAGGAUCCUAUUUUCGGGGGCCGGCAUCGUCAUGUAAUUGUCGGCAUCAUUAGCGGUGGUCGCAAUCCGAGUUUCGAAGAGUUCGGGCCCGAAGAAAUCGGCUUUUCGUCGUUCUUUGUCACGGAGACACGACGAGCGUAAAGAAGUCCGGGUCUUUAAAAGGCCUGCUGAUGGGGUGUUGACUGAGUUGGAUCGUCCUGGGAGAGUGCACACCACACGGCUGUGGGAUUAUAUGUCACCGCGUGGACUAGCCUGCGGAGGACGGGCCCAGCUGGAUGGAAUUGUGACGGAGUGACUGGUUUGAAGUCCAGCAAACACGAUCAGAGCGACAAGGACCUCGACUACCAGCGAUCGAGGAAGAGCAGACAUCUGGAUAUUCGCUGGCUUUCUGACCUUUGGAGAACUCUUUUGUUGGAUCAAGAGAGACCAGCUGCUGUCCCUAUCUGCGAAGCCGACGGGUGGAAACAACCUAUCAUCACCUCCAGCAUCAUCCCUUCGUCGAAACAUCGCUUCCGCCUCAAUACCCUUGACAUCACAGCUCGCGAAAUCACUGCAGAACGAUGCCCUCACCACCCCUUGACGCGAUCGAGGACAUCCUCGCCACCGCGACCAUCGACCCAGCCUUGUCCACCGCCCUGCAAUCCAGCCGUCUCCAGCCCGGCUCAAGCUACACGCUCGCGGACAUCAAACAAGGCGCCGCCGCGGGCCUUGCGCCGUUUCAGAAACGACUCGCGGACUCACGGCCGCCCGAGAUCACGGAGGCUGAGCACUGGAUCAAACUCCGCGACGACUGGGCAUGCCGCAUCAUUGUGUGCUAUUUGACCUCAGACCUCGAGGCCACUGCGCCGCCGCGACCACUCAUCCUCCUGCUGCACGGCGGCGGCCACACUAUCGGCUACCCCGAGAUGCAGCUGGGGCUGGCGCGAGAGCUCGUCCUAGCCCACUCGGCGGUGGUGGUCUGCGCGUCGUACCGGCUGGCGCCGGAGUUCCCGUUCCCCUUUUCGAUCUGCGACUCGUGGGAGGUGCUGCAGUUCUGCGCCAGCGAGAACCGGAAGUCCAACUCGGCCAUCCUCCCGCGCUGCACCGACGCCCGCGUGGGGUUCCUGGUCGGCGGCGAGAGCGCGGGCGCAAACCUCGCGGCCUCGCUGGCUCACCUGGCGAGAGACCACAACCUGAAUCCUCCGCUGACGGGCCAGGUGUUGGUCGCCGGGACGUACAUCUCACCGGGGCGCGUGCACGAACGGUACAAAGGGAGGUAUCUGAGUCGCGAGCAGAACGCCGACGCCCCGAUCCUGGACCGAGCCCUCCUGAAGCUGUUGACCGAGGCGUUCAAGCCGGAUCCCGCUUCGAAGCUGUGCUAUCCAUUCGACCAGCACGACCCGCGCGAUGGGGGCGGAGGCGCCGGUCGCGGGUCUGUCAAGCACGGCCAUCUGGGCGUGGCGCCGGCGUAUUUCCAGGUUUGCGGGCUCGAUCCGGCCCGGGAUGACGGGCUGAUCUACGAAAAGGUGCUCAGGGAGGAAUGCGACGUGCCAACCCGGCUGGACCUGUAUCGCGGGUGGGCGCAUUGUUGGUGGGCGAUGUUUCCAGACCUGGACAUGUCAAGGAGGAGGAUGCGAGAUGCCGUGGACGGCGUGGGCUGGCUAUUGGGUUUGAAAACGGAUCGAAAUGUCGGAGGCCAUGUGUAACAACACCGUCUCCCUCUUCCUUUAAAAGGUCACUGAAGCGGCCCAAGCCCUGUUGCAAAAGACCGGCUGGUCGAUGAGAACUUGCGGCAAUCGAUAGCCUUUGUGCGAGCCUUCCAUCUACGAAAAAAGCAAU